UUGAGUGGUCUUCUUCGACGAUGGCUGGAAGCAUCUGCACCGGGCGAAGCGCCGCCGCCGCCGCCCUUCGGGAGCUGUUGGAGACGGGUCUGCGCCCACGUGGCGGAAAGGGGGCCAGAUUGUGUUUGCCAUGUUGUCGGCAGUUAAGCUCCAGUUGGAUCCCCGCCCCUCGGAUUCCAAAAACCCGCCCUUCUCUUCCCUCGACAUUAACUGCGAAGCAGCCGCACCACCGGUCCUUCUUGAACCUGGCGGCCCCUCUGUUCGGUGCUGGCAAGCGCGUGGAAUAUGAAGAAGUCCAUCGGCUUGGGUACUCCAUCGAGCAGAUGUACGACGUUGUGGCUGACAUAGCCAGCUAUCGGUUGUUUGUCCCCUGGUGCACUGGCUCCCAUGUCCUCUCCUGUCGCAACGAGUUCUCACGAGCGGAAUUGGAAGUGGGGUUCCCCCCUUUGGUAGAGCGUUACAUCUCCGAGAUCUCUUUGGUGCCACAUCGGCAGAUCCGGGCCGUGAGUAAAGACGGGAGGCUAUUUCAGCACUUGGAGACGCUGUGGCAGUUCGGGCCAGGACUUGCAGGUCAUCCGGACACAUGCACACUCAGCUUUUACGUUUCCUUUGAGUUCAAGUCGAUUCUCCAUUCUCACUUAGCCAACCUCUUUUUUGACGAGGUUGUCAAGCAGAUGGUCUCGGCCUUUGAGCACCGGGCAGAGAAGCUGUAUGGCCCACCGGCGGUGGUCAGGCAGCACAAGAUGGUUCAUUGCACGUGACCGAUGGACCUGCCAGAACUGAUCUGCAGCCCGUCUUCCACUUCACCGACAGACCUGGAUUCUUUCCCAGAUAUCCCUCUAUGGACAUUGCUUUAUUUAUGCCUAUUUAACUCACACAACCCUCUAAGUAAAUUAUUUACUUGAUUAUUUUAUAGAGAAUUUUGUUUGAGGAUAAUUUAUUGGAUAUUUAAUUCUGUUUUUCCUCUGGCAAUGACAGAGGAUGGCAAAUCGGUGACAUUUUUAUUAUGUCGAAUAAAAUUUAUUUUUCCCCCAGGAUAUUUUUUUAA